GGCUUGUCUAAACUGGAAUGCAUAAGAGGACUCUGCGUACUCUUAUUCAGCUUUUAUCAGAACAAUACAUACCUCAGGUUGUCAAUGCUGCCUUCAUAAGAGGAGAGUGGAUGGAGAGAAGAAAACAUUUUAACAAGAUGUCUCUCGCUGAUUUUUGGAUUGUGCUGCUGGGUUGUUUAGCCCUGUGUCACGCAGCACCUACCAUUGCUCCAACAGUUUCCCCAGAGGACGAAGACCUGGUUGAGGGAUACCUUUUCAGUUCUAUGCUGAUGUUGGGAUGAAAAACUCCUCAAUGCGAAGCAUCACUGAGAACUCCUUCAGCCAGGAUCUACAGGCCAUGCAGGCUUUCUUUGGCCUGGAGGUGACUGGUGUCUUGAAUGAGGAGACUGUUGAGGUGGUGAAGGCACCUAGGUGUGGUGUGCCAGACAUCAACCGAUAUGAACACUUUCCUUUUAAACCCAAAUGGGGGAAAAGGCUGAUUACAUACAGGAUCACUCAGUAUACUCCAGAUCUGACCCAGAGACAGGUGGAUGCAACCAUUGCUCAGGCCUUCCAGCUCUACAGCGAUGUGAUCCCAUUGGACUUUAAACAGAUCUACAACGAUACUGCGGACAUCAUGAUCCUCUUCACGGUCAAAUAUCAUGGGGACUUUCAGUCUUUUGACGGACAGGGUGGAGUUUUGGCUCAUGCUUACGCUCCUGGAGAGGAUGAGGGAGGGGACACACACUUCGAUGAUGAUGAAACCUGGACUCUCACCCAAGGAGGUGUGAACCUAUUGCUGGUGGCGGCUCAUGAGUUUGGCCACGCUCUGGGCCUGGAUCACUCCAGGGACAGACAUGCACUAAUGUACCCCAUUUAUAAAUACGUCAACACAAGCGGAUACAGGCUGCCAGAUGAUGACAGGCAUGGGAUUCAAGCCCUUUAUGACAGCUCUGAUCCAGUCAGCUCUGAUCCAGUCAGCUCUGAUCCAGUCAGCUCUGAUCCAGGCAGCUCUGAUCCAGGCAGCUCUGGUCCAGCCAGCUCUGGUCCAGAUGACUGCUGUUUUCAGUUUUACCCCAAAAGGUUGCCUAUAAGGAGGGUGGUGAGGUACAGAUACACAGACCCGCGGUGUUCAAAGGAAGCUGUGAUUUUUACGAUGAUCAGUGGUGCUGAACUCUGUACCAACCCGUCUGAGCCGUGGGUCCAGAAUAUCAUCACCGCCAAAGAGUGGGACCAUACCAACACAGCUCUGGGUGUAAAAUCUAACUGACCCAACGUGUGUUUUAACACCACACUUUAAAGCUCGCUGAGCCACGCAGAAGGGGUGGUGUAGUGGUAACCUGCAAUCUAUCUUCAGCUUUCUCUACUUUUAUACAGAAUAUUUUUCUAUUAGCUUAAAAAUAAAUGCAAAAUAACUUUUUUUGUUAUCUGUUCUUUUGCCUGUUUUAAUGUGGUUUCAAGUGAUGCAUUGAAAGAUUAGAUAUAAGCUAUUUUCCAAUAAAUCACGUGCUUAAAAUGUU